AUGCGUUUUACACCCACAUUCUUUGCUGUCCUCCUGGGCAUCGCGGAGGCCAUCGUCCUGCCUGAGCCUGUUGGGCCGUACAAGGUCGCACACGCAGCCUAUCCUCUGACGGAUAAAUCUCGGAUCGAUCCUUACGCACCCAGCAACGCCUCUCACCCACGCAGUGUCAUGAUAUCGGUAUUCUGGCCUGUCGAUAACUCGAUAAAGUGCACCACCGAGACGGCGCCUUACAUGCCUCCUGCAUCGGCCAAGCUGCACGGCAUCUUGGCAAACGCCAUCGGCCUGCCGAACAGCACCUUUGCCGACUUUAGCGUUGACUACUGCCGCGUUACCGGCCGAAAAGGUUGCGGUGCAAGGCGCCAGAUGUAUCCUCUCGCCAUCUUCUCACCUGGGUUUGGCAAUUCCCGCUUGACAUAUUCGGCCCUUGCCAAGUCAGUGGCUAGCUAUGGGUACAUUGUCGUUACUGUCGAUCACCCUUAUGAUGCCAACAUUGUAGAGUUCCCUGAUGGAACUGUGAUCUAUGGUGGUCAUAUCGGGGAAGACGAUGCUUCUUUGGAGCAAGCAGUCAAGGUCCGUGGUGAGGACAUAACCUUUGUUCUGUCGCAACUUCUGGAUGGCCCUUUGAAGCAUACCGUCGCACGAAAAUUUCCCGGCCAAAUUGCUUGUGACAAGGUCCUCGCCUUUGGUCAUUCGUUGGGUGGCGCGUCCUCAGCCGCGGCAAUGCUCUCCGACAAGCGAAUUCUCGGCGGCACCAACUUGGACGGCAAAUUAAUUGAGCCUGUCCUGAGUAAAGGUCUCGACCGCCCCUUCUUCCUCUUGGGAAGGCCCAACCAUCGGCAGGAGGAGACCACAUGGGUCACUUUCUGGGACAAGCUUCGGGGUCCCAAGGUCGAGGAGGAGGUGUUAGGGGCAACCCACGGGUCCUUUACUGAUUACCCGCUCCUUGUUAACGUCUUGAACAUCCCUGAAGCUUAUAGGCCUGCGAUUGAGGCCCAGUUUGGUACAGUCAAGGAUGUGAAUCUUGUGACGAAGACGGUGGCCAAUUUCUUCGAGUUCGUGCUGAGUGGCAAAGCCAAACCGCUCCUCGAGCAGGCGGCAUCAAACUCGUCCGGGUUGAGGAUUGUCGGCCAAAACAUUGGCUCGCUCUAA